AUGAAGGCUAGCUGGUAAUAGUUGUUUUCGCAACAUUUUCCUUACCUUAAUUUCCUUUUGCCAUAGUUAUUUUAUAUACUUUAGUGUUUAAAACUACGAUAGUACGGGUUUUCUUGUGGUUUUAUCGAAACGUGAGGAAUACAAACAUGUUUAUUGUUUGUUAGAUCGUAUAUGAUCGCGGGGUUAACGAGUAUAAAAACGAUGCUGAAGGCAGCGUCGUUUCUUUUUAUGGUGUCGACAGCAGUUGCAGAAAUUACGAUACGAUGUGGAUCUAAAAUCGGUACCACUUUUAACAAAACUGAAGACGGCGUAGAAGGACGCUACACCGUGGAAUGGUGUACCCAAAUACCCGAGAAUGCAAAACUUUGGGAAAUUCAAUUGGAACACACAACUGACAAUAAAUUUAAUGUGUGUAGAAAUAAUAUCACUCUCAGGCAGAAGCAUGGAAUGAAAAUGGCAUUUCAUUCCCGACCAUUGAUAUUGGACAUUACCAAUAGACCUGAGUGUAACAUUACCUGUCUAUCAAAACAGUUUGAUGCAGUUUUCUCAAGCUGCUACAAGGUAUCCAACAAGAUAAUUGAGAAGAAAGAAACCACUGAGCAUGGGGUCACUAACACGCUAGUGCAUUUAAUGAUGGAUACGUAUCAUCGCAUCGACAACAUGUUUACCAGCCAUCAAGCCCUCAAUGCAUUGGAACCCGUCGUGCAACUUGAAAAGAAUAACCGUGAGCUCGUGGCCACCUAUAACUUGCACUACAUAGACGUGAGCGAAUCGUUUGGCAUGCUAACAAAAGAGUAUAAGAAUAGUUCCAGUACUAAAGAAAUUGAUGCAGUAGAUUGGAUAAACAUCAGAGGCAACUGCACCGCGCUGCCCGAGUCUGCGACAGUUGUUUGCCACCUGCGGUGUCCCGAUGCGGGUAAUUGUGUACUACUGUCUUUGGAAUACACCGCGUCGUAUCGAAACACCAUCGACGACCCCAGCCCCUUUGAAUACUGUGCCCCGCCGAGCGAGGAAAGAGUGAUGGACCUGGGCAUGGACCCGCGCGUGUGGUGGGCGAUAGGCGCGCUGGCGCUGACGCUGACGCUGCUGGCGGCGUGCUGGGCCGCGCACUCGCGCGUGCUCGCCAACCUGCGCAAGAAGGUGCUGCACGACUGGGUGCACAGAUACGCUUCGUACACGGCUGAGAACACGCCAGUGGUGGACCCGGGCCACAUCCUCCUGCUGUACGCGCGGGAUUGCGAGCCGGCCAUGGAGGCCAUCAGCGUGCUGAAGGAGAUGCUCGAGGAAGGCGCUCCGGGCCGGGUAUACGACUUAUUCAGCGCCGACUGCAUGGCGCUUUACGCCCAAGCGCCGGAAGAGUGGCUCUGCGGCGUGCUCGCGCGGCCCGAUGUGCGCGUCGUGCUAGUGCAGACCCCGGCCGCCGCGGCGCUGUACGCGGCGCAGGUCUCCCACGACAUGCAGAUGCAACAACCGCUGUUGGGAGCUCGUGUACAGUACAAGAAGCCUCACUACGGUGAUGUGCUACUGCAGUUCGCAUUACGACUGGUGCGGGACAUGGCCCCGAUGCAGCAAGAGUAUGCCCGGUAUUACAUCGCUACCGUGUCGGAGCUGGGCGACGAGCUGAUGCCGCAGGUGGCGCCGUACCGGCGCUACGAGCUGCCCGCGCACGCGGCGCGCCUGCUCGCCGACCUGCGCCUGCGCGCCGACCAGCCCCAGCGCCUGCGCGGCCUCGCCGCCGCCGUGCAGCGCCUGCUCGACUACGUCCGCGCCAACGAGAACUACCUGCGGGACGAACUCAUGUUCAUAUAGGUACACUUGAAGACUAAUGUUAUUUGUGUCGUUAGAAAAGCGCGGCGCCAUCUAGUGGAGAGGACAUAUGCACACGGGAAAACAAAAUGUGUGAGUUCUGUUACCCAAAGUGAGCAGGAAAAUUCCUAGUUCUAUACUUUUAAUAUCCGGGAGACCGAGUUUUGCUAUAAAAAUUCAAUAAUGCGCAUUUUCACAGCGAUAAGCCCUAGCUAGAUCUAUUUAUCGCCCCCGAAAACCCCUAUAUAACAAAUUUCACCAAAAUCGUUAGAACCGUUUCCGAGAUCCCCGAAAUAAAUAUACAUACAUAUAAAUUAAUAAACAAGAUUUGCUCGUUUAAAGGUAUUAGAUAGAUAGAUAUAUUAUAUCGGCGAAAACCUUCCGUGAAGUAUUUGUUAAAGGUUUGUAAGAUCUAUUUUAACAAUGUUCUUUACUUUUUUAACAGUAUAGACAAAUCGGAAGUUCAAUCCAUGUGUGAUGCCCUAUGUUGAAUAUGUUGCUGUGCCUGUCAAUCAUAUCCGCGCGCAGCUUAUUCCAAUAAACGAUACGGAUACGAAUGCAGCUACGAGUGUAGCUAUGUUUCGACUACUUAAGAGGUGAACAUAUUAAAAGUUCUCGGCCGUAGCUCUCGAGCCGGGGAGGAGAGAGGGUUUGAAGGUCCCAUUUUUCGGUUUUUCGAUUAUAUCUCGGAAACUAUGCGUCUUAGCGACAUGGCCACUUAUACAAAAUGAAAGUUGACUACAAGUUUUAUUCAUGGAAUGUUGAUAGUUUCGUUAAAUACGCGUAAUAAACGCUCUACAAAAAUUUUCUAUCUCUGGUAAUACUUAAUUUCGAUCGUGGCACAAACUUGAAGCUUAACUUAGUGGGUGCGAAUUUGUAAAAUCGUUUUAAGAGGACAACGUAAGUGCCUUUCUUCUUAUAUUAGAUUAGUAUGUAAUUAGAUAAAUAGUUCUAUUUUGAAAUAUUGAUACUUUGGGUGAAUCAACUUUUUGUUGUCACGCAUCGCCAUGGUUACGGUCGCAUGGUUCACUUUUUUAAAGCCUGGUUUUAUUGCUUUAUAAUGGCGAACAUACAUUUUUAUGGCAGUUACAAGCUCUUUUAAAAGGUCAUCUACCUACUUAGCAUAUUAAAAGAAAGCAGGAACUUACUAUGGGACUUAGUCAAUUUGUGUAAUAAUGUCAUAUAAUAUUUAAUAUUUAUUUAUUGUUGCUUGGCUGACGGGACAGAAUAACAACAAUAAAAGUUGAUCCACCCGUAUAGAUAUUUCAUUACAUCCCUACUAGGUUUUGUUAAAAUACAUACGGUAAAAUUAAAUGGGUUUUCGUUUUGGCUUUUACUGUAACGUGUAUUGUACUUGUAUAUAAAAAUAAUUGUUAUUAAAAUGAAUCUUAAUCAAUUCCGAAUUUGAAAUCUCUCCCGGUGACUAUAUUUGUAGUGUACAAUUGAGACUAUUUUUAAGUAAAAAUCUUUAUUAUUUAGGUAUAUUUUAAUGUAAAAAGUGUCUGUGUUCAGUUAAAAUAUUUAUGACUAAGAGUGGUAUUCCACCUGUCCAAUGUGAAGCGUGUCUCACUCUCUCAUUAAAGCAAAAUGUGAGACGCAAUACACAUUAGACAAAGAAAUUUGAUAGGUGGAAUACCACCCUAACAUAAGUUAGUCCAAAUUAAAUAUGUACCUACAUACAAUUGGGACAUACAUUGACUAAGUAAUAAUAAUUAUUCGCGGUCUUUCCUUAUAAUCAUACGUCGGACUCCAGCGGGCAUUUUCGUGGCAUGUCAGAACGAUAGGUAAGGUUUGCAAAUCAAUCAAUUCACUUUCGAGUAUUUGUACUUAGUAUUUGGUACCUAGUAUUUAUAAUGUAACAAAUAAAGCAAAUCUUUCUGUUGAUUAGACAGCACUCUACCAACAAAUAUAAGUAUGAACAACAGUCAUAAUGACGCAUGUCAGCUAUUAUAUAUAUUUGUUUUUUAAGUGGCCACUUCACUCAGUCAUCACUUCAAAGAGUAUUUACACAUUAAAGAUGAAUAAAUGAUAACGGGUAAUUAAUUUAAUUAACUAUGUUACAAAUACUAGGGACAUUAUAAUACUCGUAAGUUAAGAUUUUUUUGUAAACUUUACCUUGCCCUCAAACUGCCCCCUGUAGUCCGACGUUUGCUUAUAAUAUAUAUUUAACCGGUCUCUAUUACGUCGCAAAUGUGAAAUGUAUGUUUUGUCCACCGAUUUACCUGAGAUUAUACAAAAUUGAAACAAAUAAAACAUGUAACGUUGUUUUUUUCUUAGUUUGAUGUAUAAUUUAAUAAAAGAAUGUUGAGUUUGCUAAGUCACGCAUAUUAUAACCUAGUACAGUCACCUGCAAAAAUAUGUUACUUUUCGAACGCCGCAAAAAUAAGUGACACGCUCUUAUGGCUCUACAAAUAACAUCGUGUCAGAUAUUUUUGCGGCCUUCAUUGUAUGACAUAUUAUUGCAGGUGACUGUACCUACUGUAAAUAGUAGACGCAUUUGUAAAUGACUGAAAUUGUACCUAAUGCUGUUUGUAAAUUACAUAUUUUUGUAAUUUGUUUAUAUUUCAUAUAGAUAUAUACGUGUUGUUUGUACUUAGACUUAGAAGUAAGUUAGUGUUUUUGUCAAUCUGUUACACGCCGACUAGAAAAAAUCAAUAAUAAUGUAAGUUCCAGUUCAUAAAGAUCUUUGUAAACCAAAGUUCCAGUAAUAUAUUUACACGCCUCUACAGUCGGACCAAGCUAACUCGACAUGGUAUUUGCAAUGACAAAGUGUGGCAAUGUCAGGUCGUGUAAAUAUAUUUUAAAAUGUUGACUUGUAAAAAUGUGUGUGAAUUCGACCGUACAAUAAACUUCUAAGGGCCACUUGCACCAUUCAAUAAUAACCCAGGGUUAACCGGUUCAACCUGGAGUUAUCAAUUUAUCAUAGUUACUAGUACAAUUUGACACUGAGUUAACGGUUUAACCGGUUAACCCCGCAUUAGUGGGAUGGUACGAGUGGCGUUUAUUCAAGGUGUGAUUUUCUAUCCCAGUUAAUUUUCUAUUGUAUUUUGUAUCUUGGUAAAUGGUUACGUUUCCCUGGACAACUUGAAACCCUGAAUUUAAUGGUAUUUAAAUGUACCAGACAUAGUGUCUGUAAUGGACCACCUACUGAGUAUGUUAAAACGUGAAACAACAUUUCAUCUAACGUGGUCCAGGUCAACAGGACAGAAUUACAACAAAAAUUACUAAAAUUAGUUUAUCUACCCAUCUAGAAGAAUAAAGAAGCCAUUUAGGCAUUUCGAACAGUCGGUGUUUAAUAAAUAAUAAUUGUUAUUAGUCCAUAGAUACGUAUUUAGUAUCUUGGCACACUUUAAAUAGGUAAUUGUAAAUAUAGUUUUGUUUUUUCACUUGAUCCUCUUGCUCAAUUUUAUUUAACUAAUGAAUGACAAUGAAUACACAAAACGCUUUUAAUGUACAGCUAUCGCAUAAAGCGUUCCGAUCUAUAAUAGUUAUUACUAUAGUUCGUUUUUUUUAGCAUUAGAAAUAAGGUAAACAAUCUUGAUGUGUCUUUUUAUUGAAAAACACAUUUUAAAAAUAAGUUACGGCAAAUAUGUAAGAAUUAUGAAUCUAAUACGAUCAUUUAUAUUUUUCUGCUUUCAUAAGUAAUAGUUUCUGAUUUUUAAAAAGCGUUUUUCAGUUAAAAGACCUGUGUAGAUCGCUUACCUUCUUGCAAGUUCUUUCUAAUGCUAAAAAAAACGAACUAUAAGUACCAGUAUGACCAACGUCAAAUACUUAUAUCGAAACACAUCCUUAUUUCCAUGGUAACAAAAGUGUGUUCUGAUGUAUUUUGGCCACGAAAAUUACUGUAAUUGGUGGCAUGACUGUAAUAGCAAAAUUAGAAGAAAUUCCACUUAGGUAUCGCCCUAUCUAUAAACUAGGUAUCACAUUUUUAUUUGAGCUAGGUUGUGCAGUAACUUUUCAUGUAACAUUUGAAAGAGAACAUACCUACAGCAGUUAACUUUUGACUAGAUAUGUAUAAGAUAUAAAAUUUAUCCUCGUAAGGCCCACCAUACAAAAUUUCCCUAUUUUUAAUUUGAACCUUGUUGUAUAAUAGAUUAAGGUGACUUUCGUUUGUUUUAGAAAAUAAUGAAACAAAAGAAAUGCUACCGUAUGUAGUUUUUGAAAGGUUCUAAUUAGAUGGACAAAGAGUGUACAUUGUAAUGCACAUUGGGCCUUACGAGGGUAUCUCACGUUGUGCCUUCGUUUACUAUUAUUGCAAUGAGGAUUAUUUGUACUACUUCUAGUUCUAAUAUUAAAAUAAGGGUCUCAGUUAAUGUUAUUUUUCUUAUAAAUACACGUUUGAUAUUG